UGCCUUUAUUCAUUUUUAUCGCUUUUAUUUAUUUAUUAUAUAAGGGAUACCUUUUUUUGUUUUUGGUUUAACUCUUGACCUUAUGAACCAAUAAAAUACAGCCAUCACAACUUUUGUUCUAUUAGACAAGAUCUAACGAUUCCCAUAUCAUUGGACGUCAAUAACUAAUUUUGGGCAGUUUUUUUUUUGUAAGCAUAUCGUUAUAUACUGUCUCGUUAUUAACUCUAAUCUCGAUGUAUUAUUAAUUAUGAAGUAACACUUGCUGUAAUUAUUAGCUUACUAUUGUUUUUAUUUUUUAAAGUCAAAAAUUGAACGCAAAGGUAUCAUCUUUAUACUGUUAUUGUGACAAAUAUUACACAUGCCUUAGUGGUCGAAUUGGUGAGACGUCCGCCUAGAGAGUAAAGAGGACUGAAGAGACCAGAUUCAAACCCUGGCUGAGGAACGUUUGUGUCGCUCAAAAGCACAUCUUUUACAUACAUAUCGGUAGAGAAUCACGUAAAUACAUCAGUAAUGGAAUUUUCCCGUGUUACGGUAUAUCCAAAAGUUCGAGUGAGUCUUUGGAAACAUCUGAGGGAACAGUGGAAUAUUGUGACAUGAAUAAUGGUAUGCGUUUAAUUUCCGAAUACAAGAAAGAAUCAUCUAUUACUAUUAUUGGAUGCCUUCUACCAGCGGGUGCAAUGUUUGAAAAAGCCAAGGAACGUGGCAGUGCAUUAUUUUUAGAGCACACAUUGUUCCAAGGGAGAAUUCACAAAAAUCAGCAGCAGAUUGAAGAAGAAUUACAGGGAAUUGGUGGGACAUUAUCAGCUAAGGCAAUGCGAGAAGCAUUUGUGUUCUAUGGAAUAGCACCUUCUCAUAAUGCUUGUAAACUUACAGAAUUACUACUUGAUGUUGCUAUAAAUGGUGUUAUACAUAAUGCUGCAAUUGAAUUGGCAAAAUCGAGAAUUUUUCAGGAGUUGUCUAAAAUUGAAUCUAAUCCAGAACAAAUAGUGAUGGAUUAUUUACCAAGUAUUGCAUACCAGGACACAAUAUUAUCUAAAAGCGUGUUUCCUCGAAGUCACAUAAUCAAAAAUUUUCAAACAGAACAUUUAGUAAAUUUUAAAAAGCACGUGUUCAAACCCUGCUUCAUGACUAUAAUUAGUUCUGGUGCAAUCUUCUUGAAAGAAUUACAAACAAUUAUACACAAAUGUGUUGAUGAAUGUUCGACAAAAAGACAGACCUUAACAGACGAUCAUGAAUCAUUCUCAAGUUUAAACCAAUUACGUUUUUCAGGUGCUGAAUUACGAUUAAGAGAUGAUAAUGAAGAAUUAGGAUAUGUAGCUAUAGGCUUUGAAGGACCAACCUUCUCUCAAUGUACAGAUCGAUAUGCUCUACAAGUAGCUAAGGAAAUUGUAGGAUCAUGGGAUGUAACGUAUGGUGGCGCAAAUCAUAAUGCACCGUACCUUGCGCAUAGUGCAUUUAAUUCAAACAUAUGCUAUUUAUAUAAAUCGUUUAUGUUGGAUUAUGGAUAUACCAGUAUAUGGGGUUGCUAUUUUGUCUGUGAUAAGUUAAAACUUGACGACAUGGUUUGCAUGUUAUUAAGCGAAUGGAGAAGACUAUGUACGAUAAGUACUGAUGUAGAAGUAGAACGAGCUGUGAACCAAUGCGUAUUUCAUGAAUUGACAAAAUUGAAUAAUCCAAUGGAUCGUUUCUUUGACAUGGUCAAUUGUUUUUAUUUAUAUAAUCGUUACAUUCCUAUGAAAGAAAGAUUUGCGAAUUAUCAAGAGGUCACAGCAGAGACAGUACGAAAUAUUGCCAGUAAAUAUAUAUACGAUCAAUCUCCUGCCGUCGUAGGACUGGGACGCAUUGAAAAUUUAACAGAUUAUUGUAUCAUACAUCGUGGUACAUACUCAUUAUGUUACUAACAGAUCAUUAAUAAGUUAAUAAAUUAAUUAUUAAUAAACAUCUUUUACAAAUAUUAA